AUCACUACAUCAGCUGCGCCGAGCUAGCUAAAAAGACAGCUGGCAAGUAGCAAGCUACACAGUCAGUGAGUCACUCGCACGAACCGCCCUCAGUGUUCCUCAUCUGAGUUUGUUCCUUUAGCUGGAUGCCAUUUCUCCUCUUUGCACCCGAGUCGUGUUUGAGCUGAUAUUAUUCCAACUAUCCGAAUCCUUACCAUGGCAGAACGGUUCACCAGCGUCAAGAAAGUCUUAGUGACUGAUAAUGUAUCGCCAUGCUGCAAAGAGGCCCUUGUGGCCGGCGGCUUGGAAGUUGUCCAGAACGACAAAAUGAGCAAAGAGGAGCUCAUGGCGGCCGUCAAGGAGUACGAUGCACUGAUUGUGCGUUCGGCAACGAAAGUUACUGCGGAGAUCAUUGAGUCAACUGACGGUCUGAAGAUCAUUGGUCGUGCAGGCACUGGAGUGGACAACAUUGAUGUUGCAGCGGCAUCCAAGAAAAACAUUGCUGUUAUGAACACCCCGACUGCGAACACUGUUAGCGCUGCAGAGCAGACUUGUGCACUGUUCCUCUCUCUGGCACGGCACACCCCGGCUGCUGAUGCAUCAAUGAAAGCUGGCAACUGGGACAGAAAGAAGUUCAUGGGCACGGAGCUGUACGGCAAGACCGCUGUCAUCAUUGGCUUGGGUCACAUUGGCAGAGAGGUAGCCAUCCGACUGCAGGCGUUCGGUAUGAAGACCGUUGGCUUUGAUGCUCUUUUGCCGGCCGAGGACACCAAAAAGUUUGGAGUUGAUCAGAUGCCCCUGGAGGAGCUCUGGCCCAUAGCCGACUACAUCUCUGUACAUGUGCCACUGCUGCCUGCGACUAAAGGAAUGAUUGGUGGCAAGACAUUUGAGAUGUGCAAGCCGGGCUUGAAGGUGAUUAACUGCGCACGAGGUGGCAUUAUUGACAACGACAGUCUGGUCGCGGCGCUGGAGAGUGGCAAGUGUGGUGGUGCUGCCCUGGACGUCUUCAUCAACGAGCCUCCGACCGGCGUUGAGCAAACGCUGGCACAGCACCCCAAGGUGAUCGCCUGUCCCCAUCUGGGUGCAAGUACCAAGGAAGCACAGCUGCGAGUUGCACGGGAGAUUGCUGACCAGAUUGUGGAGUCCUCGCAGGGCAAGAGCUUGAAGGGAAUUAUCAAUGGUCGUCACAUUGGACUAUAAGAAGUGGGAUCCGGCUUUUAGCAAACAUUAGCGUAUAUAUGUGCUUAGAAUCCUUGUCGAACGUAUUCUUUUUAUCUUUUUUAUGCAAAAUUAUUCACACAGUGCUGUGCUUUGCUUUGAUAUUAAUUUAUUCCUUUUGAUUUUUAGGACUCUGUAGCACUUAUUACUGCUCAAAAAGCUAGGAGGGGUGAAGUAGAAUCAGUCGAGAGGGCAUACUUGCAGCAUACUUGCUGAAGUCGAGUACUGUUUGGCAGAUAUUUUUUUGUGGAGUGCUUUCUUUGCGUUUCUAGAGCUAACUUUUUAAAACCAGCACAAUCACUAUUCUAAUUCUUGACAAAUUGUUGUCAAAAUUCUGAUACAAAAAAACAACACCAGAAAAAUAUAAACAUCUCCUGUGAACAUCAUUUCGGUAUCCAAUUCCAAACACAUGUACAAAUUAAGUACUUUUAAGUUUCUCAUUCUCUA